AUGGACAUAGCUGUCGCUAUCCUGCUAACAGUGGUCGUAGGGUUUGUUGUCGUGUGGGUUUUGUUUCAGUCCAGACACUGUAUUGAACCGCCUUGCAUCCGCGGCUGGAUCCCUUGGUUAGGAGCUGCCUUGCAGUUUGGGAGAGCUCCCCUGGAAUUUAUAGAGCAAGCCAGACUCAAGCAUGGACCAGUAUUCACUGUGUAUAUGCUGGGAAAACGGUAUACAUUUGUUACUGAUGAAGAAGGAUUUCAAACAUUUUGCACAUCUAAAGAUACAGAUUUUGAGCAGGCAGUACAGCAAACUGUCCAGCAUGCAGUUUCAGUUCCUGAAGAAAUCUUUUACAAGAAUAGGGGCAGGCUUUAUACCAUGAUAAAGGGAAGGCUGUCGCUCUCUAAUCUGCAUCUGUUGUCUGGGAGUCUCUGUCAGGAAUUUCAGGAACACAUGGAGGAUUUAGGUCCUCAGGGAACAGAGGAGCUCAAAGACCUUGUAAGACAUAUCAUGUUCCCAGCAGUAGUAAACAUUCUGUUUGGAAAAGACAUGUUUCUGACAACUCGGGAUAAUAUCAAGGAGUUUGAAGAGCACUUUCAGAACUAUGAUGACGACUUUGAAUAUGCCGUCCAGUUUCCUGAAUAUUUUAUGAAAAAAUGGUCUAAAUCCAAAAAGUGGCUCCUUAAAAGUUUUGGAAAAGUUGUGAUGUUUGCAGAGAAAACUAAUCCUUCAGAUGGCUGUUCUAAGACACUAUUCCAGCAUGUCCUAGAGAUCUUGCAAGGAAAAGACUUCAGUGCUCAUUAUGGUCUUAUGCUCCUCUGGGCAUCUCAAGCGAAUGCAAUUCCUGUUUCAUUCUGGACACUUGGAUUUAUUCUGUCUCACCCUUCUGUUUACAAAAAUGUCAGGAAGGAGCUAGAAUCUGUUUACAGCAAAUCAGGUAAAGAAAAAAUCAAACUCUCUGAAGAUGACCUUAAAAGGCUCCAGUUUAUCAAGUGGUGUAUUUUGGAAACGUUACGAUUAAGGGCACCAGGUGCCAUUGUCAAGAAAGUAAUAAAUCCAAUAAAAGUCCAAAAUGUUGUUAUCCCUGCUGGUGACCUACUGAUGUUGUCUCCAUAUUGGAUUCACAGAAACCCAAAAUACUUUCCUGAACCCCAUAUUUUUAAACCAGAUCGUUGGAAAGAAGCAAAUUUAGAGAAAAACACUUUCUUGGAUGGCUUUGUGGCAUUUGGAGGAGGAGCACACCAGUGUCCAGGAAGAUGGUUUGCUCUCAUGGAGAUCCAUAUUCUAGUUGUUUUGUUCCUCUGCAAAUAUGAAUGCAGUCUUUUGGAUCCACUACCGAAGGAGAGCUCUCGCCACUUGGUGGGGACGCAGCAGCCUGAGGGACCAUGCAGAAUUCAAUAUAAAUUGAGGGCAUGAAGAAUAUCAGUGGUGGCCAACCCAAUUCCCUACCAGCAAUUGCCAAACUGAGAGAUCGUUGAUUUGUGCUACUCCAGUGCUUCAUGAGUUAUUAAAUAGUUACCAAAUCUGAAAA